CUCUUUUCAAAUCGAGUUACCUAUCCAUUGUUUGAAUCAUAUCUCAUAGAAUUCCUUAACUACGGCUUAGACGCAUUUUGAUUUCUGAAUUUAUCUCACAAUGUCUAAAUACGACACUGAGCUUAAAGAUUUCCCCAAUAUUUUUUCCCUCAAGGGCAAGGUAGUAGUCGUCACCGGAGGAUCAAGAGGUCUGGGGCUGCACGCAGCAUCUGGAUUCCUGCAAGCAGGUGCUUCAAAAGUUUAUAUCACAUCCCGCAAAGCCGCUGCCUGCGAGGCUGCCGUCAAAGCUCUCAAUGCGCUCCCCAACCUUGCUCCCGGCGCGAGAGCGAUUUCCGUCCCUGCCGACAGUUCGAAGUUUGAGGGCGUGGAGCACUUGGUUAAAGAAGUAGCCAAGACCACAGACCAUGUAGAUGUCUUGUUCGCGAAUGCCGGUGCUACAUGGGGAGAGUCAUUUGAUACACAUCCUGAUGCGGCGUUCGCCAAGGUCAUGGAUUUGAACGUCAAGAGUGUUUUUAAUACUAUUCGAUUGUUUGCGCCGAUGCUGCAGAAGAAUGCUACAGUUGAGGAUCCAUCAAGAGUUAUCAUCACGGCAUCCAUAGCAGGUAUUGGAAUUGGUCCUCUGGGAAAGAAUGCCACGUUUGGAUACUCAGCCUCCAAAGCUGCAGUCAUUCAUCUUGCAAGAAAUCUGGCCGUUGAAUUGGGUCCACGACACAUCUUGACUAAUGCCAUUGCCCCUGGGUUCUUUCCAUCAAAAAUGGCUAGUGAGUUGAUUCAUCUGACGGGAGGUGCGGAUACUUGGGCGGCAAAGAACCCGAAUAAAAGAUUAGGCAAGCCGGAGGACAUUGCAGGACUCGUGGUCUUCCUUUCUAGUAGAGCAGGUUCUCAUAUUAACGGAGCAACAAUCACUGUUGAUGGUGGCGAAGUGUGGUCUCGCGGAGGCAUGGCUGAUGCUACGAGAGAGGGCGACGCUGAAAAGGCAAAGCUUUGA